AUGGUUGGUGUUCCACGGCAUAUAGCAGAACACCGUCUAAAUGUCUCCGAAGAUGCCAAGCCAGUGGUGCACGCCAAACGCCACCUAGGCGAUAUAAAACAUGAUGCAAUGAAAGAACAAGUGUUGGAACUGCUAAACGCGGGAAUCAUCAGGGAAGUUCGGUACCAAACGUGGGUAGCAAGCCCAGUAAUGGUAAAGAAACCGAAUGGUAGUUGGAGAAUGUGCGUUGACUACAAGGAUCUGAACAAAGCAUGUCCCCGUGACUGCUAUGCUUUACCAGACAUAGACGAGAAAAUAGAUUCUUUAGCAACGUUCCGGUGGAAAUGUUUUCUGGAUUGCUACAAAGGAUACCAUCAGGUCCAGAUGGCUGUUCAAGACGAAGAUAAAACCGCAUUCCGCACGCCAACGGGGCUAUACUGCUACACCAAAAUGCCGUUCGGUUUAAAGAAUGCAGGUGCCACGUACCAACGGUUGAUGAACGAAACAUUCAGUGACGCCAUCGGUAAUACAUCGAACAAGGCCGGAAAUAUCAGGAAGGUUGGCCAAAUGGGCGAUAGAGCUAGGGGACACAACGUAGUCUUCAGACCACGACCGUCGAUAAAAGGCCAAGUUUUGGCAGACUUCAUGACGGAAGUCCCGGAUGACAAAGACAGAGAGUGUAAGGCGAUGGAGAAAGCGGAGAAAAAACAAACCGAAGAGCCAUGGCUGCUGUAUACAGACGGUGCAUCCAACGAAGAUGGGGCAGGCGCGGGGCUACGGCUAGUAAGCCCUGACAAAAACGAGUUCACCUACGCCAUACGCCUAGACUUCAAGAGCACAAAUAACGAAGCAGAGUACGAAGCCUUUCUGGCCGGCUUGCGUUUGGCAAUUAAAAUGGGAGUCCGACACAUUGAGGCACAUGUGGACUCCAUGUUAGUAGCAGGCCAAAUCAAUGGUCAAUACGAAGCCAAGGGCGACAUAAUGGCACUCUAUCUCACCCAAGCAAAGACGUUGCUGCAAACCUUCUAUUCUUACAAGGUGCACCACAUAAACCGCAGUGAAAACAAGCCGGUAGACGCCCUAAGCAAGCUUGCGUCAACAAGCUUCCAGCACCUAGCUAAAGACAUGCGUAUAGAAGUUUUAAGCAACCCAUCUGUCCCACUCCGAGAAGUCAGCGUCAUCCAAACAGGAACCACGUCCUGGAUGACACCCAUAAUCAUGUACUUACAGUCCGGGAUACUUCCAGAAAAUAAAGCUGAGGCGCGGAAAAUCCAGUAUAAAUCAGAACAUUAUCAGAUGGCGGACGGGAUAUUGUACCGAAAGUCAUAUCUCGGCCCGCUGCUAAGAUGUGUUGACGCCGACGACGCAAAUUAUCUGAUCCGGGAAGUACAUGAAGGCAUCUGCGACAUCCACGCCGGGCCGCGCAUGGUAGUGGCAAAAGUAAUGAACGCCGGUUACUAUUGGCCCGGAAUGCACCUCGAUGCCGUGAAGGAAUUAAGAAAAUGCAGCGGCUGCCAACGGCAUGCACCAAAAACCAUGCGUCCAAAAAACGAGUUGGUGCCAGUAACAACCGCAUGGCCCUUUCAACAAUGGGGCAUAGACAUGGUGGGCCCUUUCCCAGAAGCUCCGGGGGCAGUCAAGUUCAUCAUCGUCGCGGUCGACUACUUCACCAAGUGGGUGGAAGCAAAAGCACUUGCGUCAACCACAUCGGCAGUCGUUAAACGAUUCAUCUGGGAACAAAUCAUAUGCCGUUUCGGCCUGCCACUCCGAAUCAUCACCGACAAUGGUACAAACUUUGCAGCAGAUGAUCUCGAACGAUGGUUCAAGGAACUAAACAUUGAACAUACCUUCUCGUCGGUCGCACAUCCGCAAGGGAAUGAUCAAGUUGAAGCAGUCAACAAGAGCAUCGUUGAUGGCAUCAAAGCAAGACUCGGUGAAAAAAGACGAGGAUGGGUCGACGAGCUACCAAGCAUAUUAUGGGCCCAUAGAACAAUGCCCAAGACAAGCAAUGGAGAAACACCGUUCAGCUUGAAAAACCGGGAAAACUGGCUCCCAAAUGGGAAGGCCCGUACAUCAUUGAUGAGGUCCUCGGCAAGGGGGCAUACAAGCUACGCACCAUGA